AUGCCAGGAACAAUCCUUGUUUCUGUACUUGAAUUCAUGGAUCUUCCAUUUUCUUCAUCAACACCCAUAAGAGCUUCUAUGGGAAAAAUUGAGUACCAAAUCAGCGACAAAGGAAACUUUUCCUUUCCCAUAGCUAGUCUCCGUGAUGAUUUGAUUUUUAAAAUUCAUGAUACCGAAGGGAAUGAAAUAUCGCGUGCAGGAGUAUAUAUCAGAAUGAUAUUAGAGAAAGGUGUUUGGGAAGAUACGUUUCCACUCGGGGAAGGUUACUUGCAUUUGAAACUACAAGUUGUACUAAGCGAUGAAGAGCGCAACAAAAUUCGUAUGAUGAGACAAUCUGCGUUAAAGAAAAAACAAGAUGAGCUUCUUAAUAGCAAUGCCGCGUUACCUUUCCCCACUAGUGAUGAGGUCUCAGUUAUGAAUUUGGUCCUACAUACAUUUCCUCAAAGGCUUUUUCCUGAUGUUUUAAGUGCUCCAUCUUCUCAAGAAUCAUCACCAAAGCAAUACCUUCAACAAGAAGAAGUUCCUCGAUUACAAAGUUCAGUUGAUUUCUCAAACGACAAAGAAAGUUCCACUACAAAUGUUGUUGAGGCUGAGGCUGAGCUUGAACAGAAACAGCUAAACUCAAACAUUGCAGAUCAAUAUAAGAAGACCUCAUCGAUAAAACCCGUGUCACAAGAAGUUAAUCUCAUUCAGUUACAGCAUAGAGAUAAGAAGCCUGCCAAUCCGCCAGCAUCUGAGGAUCAUCCUCAGAGAGCUACAGGUUCAGAAGAAAGGGUGAUUUUGUUAAGCUCCGAAAAAGUUAAUUCCUCAACAAAUAGUCCAAUACAAGAUAAUCUAGAGGAUGAUUGUCUUCGAAACUCGGAGAAGAAGGCUAAACUAGGAAGAACUCCUAGCAAUGUUAAGAAAAUGAUAAGUGCUUUUGAAAGUGGUCUGCCUAAGGAUAUGAGGCCUCAUAUUAAACCACCUCCAACAAAAUAUCAAGUGAUGAGUCCAUUUGAAAAGAAAGAUUCUUCCGAGACUCGGCACUUCGAGCAAGAUAAGUCAUUGAACAUAGAGCCGAUAAGCUUCUUACAAGAAAAGUCGAAAAGUGCUUCGUUGGUAAGAAACUUGCAAGAGGUUCCAGAACAUAUUAUACCAAACAGACAAAUAGAUUCAAAAGAAAGAAAUGAAGAUCAAGAGGAGGAGAUCAAUAAAAAUGCAGCAGCAUCCAGUAGAGAUCAAGAGGAAGAGAAAAAUUACAGAAAUUUGAGGAGAACAUCGACAUAUGAAACAUUCGAUAACAACUGUUACCCUUUUGAAAAUUCUGAGAAUGCAGCAUGUAUUGAAACUGGAACUGAUGGAAGCAAGCAUGAAAAAAUACAUGACAUAGAAGAAUCAAAAACCAAAACUUCUGUUGAUGAUAAUGGAGAUGAAAAUUCUGGAGGACCAUUUAAUCAGGUGAUAAAAGUUGCAAUCAUUUUAGGCUUUGGAUUACUUGUUCUCCUUACCAGACAAAGAAAUAAGAGAAGGAAGGACAAGAGUGCUUGA